AUAAACUUUUCAUCCAUGGAUUCUAUACCGGUGAAUUGGGAGGCACUAGACUCUCUUAUUAUCGAUUUCGUUAAAUCGGAAAACCUAAUCGAAGACUCUGUUUCUCCUUCUACUUCGCCGUCGACGUCUCUAUCGCCGUCUUCGUCAACAUCAUCUUCAUCAUCGUCUUCCUCUUAUCAGUCACGAUUACUUAUUCGGCAGAUCAGACGUUCAGUGGAGUGCGGUGACAUUGAUGCCGCUAUCGAUCUCUUGCGUGUGCAUGCGUCUUUUGUUCUUGAUGAUCAUCGUCUUCUCUUCUGCUUACAGAAGCAGAGGUUUAUUGAACUUUUGAGGAAAGGAACUGCAGAGGACCGGGAAUCUGCCAUUAAUUGCCUCCGAGAGUCACUGGCACCUUGUGCAUUGAAUGCAUAUCCAGAAGCAUAUGAGGAAUUUAAGCAUAUUCUUCUUGCCUUGGUUUAUGACGAAGAAGAUAAGAAUUCUCCAGUGGUGAAUGAGUGGUCUCCAAGGAGGAGGAUUGACAUUGCUGGACUGCUGUCAUCUGUUUUAAGGGCUCAUUUAUGUGCAUAUGAUCCUCUUUUUGCAAUGUCAUUGAGGUACUUGAUAAGCAUACACAAGUUGUUUUGCUUUCGUCAGGGAGUUCCAUCACCUAUAUCAGAUCUUACACAGAGAUUACUUCUCGAGGAUCGUGACCCCCCUGCAACACCACUUGAGAGUUCCUAUGAAGCGCCUCCAUUUGAUGAGGUGGACAUACAAGCUCUUGCUCAUGCGGUAGAGCUUACCAGGCAAGGGGCUAUUGAUAGCUUGAGAUUUGCCAAGGGUGACUUGUAUCAAGCAUUUCAGAAUGAGUUGUGCCGGAUAAGAUUGGACGACCCCAUGUUUGAUGAGCUUGUUCAUGAGUAUUGUGUCUAUAGGGGUUUCGUCAACUUCAAUGUGGUGGAUUCUCCUGGGAUGCAACUUAGUAUCAACGACGAUCAAUCAGAGUCUGGACAAUUAUCAAAGAACUGUUCUGCAGAAGUUGGGCAUGGAAACACUAAACUUUCUGGCGGUGACUCCUCUGCUACUCAAGUUAUCAUGGAGGGAUCAUCUGAAAGUAAUACCAACUUGGCUAGCAUUCAAAGUACUGAUACUGAAGAGCGUUACCCUAGUGAAACAAGUUAUGGAGAUUGCAGUACCAGUGGGACUCCUCAAUUCGAAAAAGUUCUGCAGAAAAAUAAGUGUCUUAGAGUUGGCGAAACAAACAAACGGAAAAGAUGGAGGGGGCGACAUGAAAACCCAGAAUUUGUGUCUGGACCUACCAGUGAAAGGAGCAGAGAAGAUCUUAAUGCCGGCAUGACUGUGUUGAAAGAUCAGCAGGUUUCUCCAAACUCAUGCUUCCUGAAUAUGAUGAAGAAUAGAGAGGACAAACAUGAACUUGUCCUGGGCUUGAAGGAAUUAGCUAGCAGAGGAAUGACAGAGGAGGUUGUUGAGGAGAUUAAUGAGAUGGAUUCAAACUUUUUCGUGCAGAACCCUUCUCUACUUUUUCAACUCAAGCAGGUUGAAUUUUUGAAGCUGGUUGGCUCCGGGGAUCAUCCUCAGGCACUGAGGGUAGCCUGUUCUUUCCUGGGUCCUUUGGCUUCUAGUCAUCCUGAUCUAUUGAAGCCGUUGAAGGAGACUUUGCUAGCUUUGCUCAAACCUAAUGAAGAGGCAUUUAAUGAACGCUUGCCCUUAUGUGCUCUUGCCAAUACACUCCAGGUUGCUAUUGGUAGGAGGCUUGGUAUUGAAGAACCCCAGCUUAUGAAGGUUAUAAGGGCCACACUGUAUACACACAGUGAGUGGUUCAAACUUCAAAUGUGUAAAGAUCGAUUUGAAGGGCUCUUAAGGAUCGACACCCUGAAAGAAGUUGGUGCCAAAUUGAUUAUAGAUGCUUCCAGAUUGGAUGUUGACAUGAGCACUGAUGGAUCAUCUCAAGUUACUGGUUCCUCAAAUAAUAGGAAACAGGAAGAUGGAAGUCCAACCCAGUCAUCAGCCAGAGAUGUUGGAUGUGAUGAAACUGCAAUACUAAAAGUUAUGGAAUUUCUGGCUUUGCCCAGAGCGGAUGCAAUUCAUCUCCUUGCACAAUACAAUGGGAAUGCAGAGACAGUCAUUCAGCAGAUAUUUGCAUAGCCCCUAGAUUAUGGCUGAACGAUAUUCGUUUAUUUGUUACAUUGUUUAUUUUACUGUGCCAUAAAUUCUUACCUGUGAGGCUUAUUAGGAUGAAAGGGGAUGGAAUAUCUUAUAAAAGAAAACAAAAAUAGGUGGAAAGGGGAUGUCUUUACGUGUAGCCUGAAGACUUUUCUACGUCAAGUAUGAUAUUGGUUGAUAAGAGUGUUGGUUAUGUAAAGUGCUCUGUAAAUACCCGUCAUAACUGAAGCUUAAAUUGUGCCCUUCGCCAUAUUUACUUGGGCGGAGCAUUCAGGGAAUGAAGAAGUUGAACCUCUUCGUGUUCAAACUAAAUGCUCUCAAGUUACAGAAUCUUAUAGAUUACUUGAACUUACUGUGCGUUUACUGAUGCAGUGUUUGUUCCAGUGUGUCUACAUUAGUCAAACUUAACUUUUGCUUUAGGAGUCUUUUAAGUCAAAAAUUGAGUUGAACAUAUAUGUAAUAAAAAAACUCGAGUAAACAAAAGACGCCACUUUAUGUAUUUAUACUUUUAUAGGAACGUAUUUCCAAAUUGCUACAUUGAUAUAUUUUUUGAGUGUAUUAUGGGCAAGUAUUGCCAUAUAUUGUUUAUUGACUGAUAUACAGAAUGAUAUGCUACAAAAGGUAUGCAGCUUUAAAUCCA